UCGUAGUUAGUUCAACUACGUGUGUAAGAACACUCAGCCGGCAGACGGCAUUGCUAAAUAACCGCGGACUGCAAGCGCACGAUAUGAGUUCUUCUCUGUAACAGAGAGCUGCAAACGAAGAACAGUGUUUUUCAUGAAACCCGCGCUCGAUUUACCGAAGCCUCAAAUUGAGAAAUAAACUCGGCUGUGCCAAUACUAUUUGUAGAGAGGUCGGCGGGAAUGGCUUCAUCUCCUUGCAGCAGUGGUAGUAACUUUGAUUGCGGACUUGAAAUCAAAACUCGUUCGGUGGAGCAAACGCUCAUCCCUCUUGUCUCUCAGAUAACCACCCUGAUAAAUCACAAAGACAAGCUAAAGAAGUCAGAAAAGACGCUGCGGGCUAUCCAGAAGGUCGGACAGGCAGUCGGCGUUGCCGUGGGGCGCUUUGUUGCUGUGGGAGAGGCCAUUGCGCUGGAGAAUGAGGAGCUAAGGGAAGAGAUGGGGCAUGCCUGUUUCGAGGCCAGGCGAGCAGGCACAGCCAUAGCGCAGCUGACGGAUGUGUGUGCUGUGGAGCAGACUGAAGGCAUCAGCCGCUGCACUGUGUUCAAUGACAAGACGGCUAUGGUGAAGGCUGCCCGCAUGCUGCUCUCCUCUGUCACCAAAGUGCUGGUGCUGGCCGACCGCAUCGUCAUCAAGCAGAUCACCAGCUCCCGCACCCGAGUGCUAGUGACAUUGGAACAGUUGGAACGAGUCAGCACCUUUCAGGAAUUUGUGCAGAUCUUCAGCCAGUUUGGUAACGAGAUGGUGGAGUUCGCCCACCUUACAGGAGACAGGCAGAAUGACCUGAAGGAUGAGAAGAAGAGGGCGCGGAUGGCUGCUGCCCGAGCUGUGCUGGAGAAGUGCACCAUGAUGCUCCUCACAGCAUCCAAGACAUGUCUGAGGCACCCAGACUGUGAGUCUGCACGGAUCAACAAGGAUGCUGUGUUUCAGCGCAUGCGUCUGGCCCUGGAACAGGUCAUCGAGAUCGUCACAGACGCAAGAACCAGUGGCGAGGCAAAAGUGCUACCCAUCAGCAUCUAUGCUGGGAUUCAAGACUUCAAGGCUAGGGUGGAGGGUCUGAGGGACUCUCUGUACUGUGUGUCAUGUGAGGCUAUAGCAGUGCAGUUGGAGGCCCUAGUGGAGCAGACUGAAGACUUCACAGAUUCUGCCUACACCAGCCAUGAGCGGCGGGAGAGCAUCUUGCAACUGUGCCGCAUCACACGGCAAGAGACCCAGCAGCUCCGUGCUACCUGGAGACAGGAUCAGCAGUCACUCAAAGCCAGAGAAGUGUCAGAGGAAAUGGAGGUGGCCAUUCUAAAGACCAGUCAAAGUGUCAGUGAGCUGAGGAGGGAGCUCCACAGUGUAGCAGUGGGAAGGGCCAGUGAGUUCCUGAAGUUGCACUCCGAUCAUGCUGUCCUGCAGGCCCUGAAGACUGCAGGUGGGGAUGGGAACUUGGAGGUGGUGGCAGACCUUGCACGCACACUCACCGAGCAGAGGGAGCAGCUGGUGGAGACGUGUCGACUGCUGUGCCACAUCUCGGGGACAGAGCCACUGGAGAUCACCUGUAUUCACGCGGAGGAGACCUUUCAUGUGAUUGGCCCCCAGAUCAUCUCAGCAGCACAGACCUUUGCGCUGCACCCCAACAGUAAGAUCGCCAAAGAGAACCUGGACGUGUUUUGUGAGGCCUGGGAGUCGCAGCUGGCAGACAUGGCCGUGCUGCUGAAAGAGAUCAACGACGUGUUUGAUGGCCGCAGAGGUGAUAAAAGAGCAUAUCUAUCAUUACCUAGACCUGGAAAGCACUCAGCUAAUCUGAAGAAUGUGAAAGCCACAAAGCUUGAUGCAGAGGAGCUGAGCACCAUUGCUAAGCUGGGGUUGGAACUGCGGCUGCUCACUUCGGACGUGGACUCUGAACUGGAGCGCUGGGAGGAGCAGGAGCAUGAGGUGGCACGCCUGUGUGGGAGCAUGGCCAGGGGGGCCUACUCCGUGGCCUUCUUCACCAGGGGGGAGGGCCUGUUGAAGACCACCCUGGACCUGUUCCACCAGGCUGAGCUUCUAUCAGAGCAGGGUCUCCAACUAUGCGCCCUCCUCCAGUCCUUCUCUGCCCAGCUGCUGGAUGAGGAAAAAAUGCUCAUGAUGUCAGAGACAGAGAAGCUGGCAGUCUCCUGUCAGCAGUUGCAAGGCUGUGCCAAAACUCCGGUCCAUGGGAAGAGUGCUACCUUCCAGAAGGUGGACUCCUGUAUACAGAACACCAAAGGCAUUAUGACAGUGGUGGCCUCCCUUCUGCCACUGUGGCACAAGCUCAUCAGGAAGUGUAAAUCGGAGUGCAGCAGUGUGGGCUCACCCCCGCACUGGCAGGACAUGCAGUUGAGUCCUCCACUUAAGGAGGAAGCGCUGAAUGGCAAGGGAUCAAAUGGCUUUGGGGUCAAAUCCCUGGAAGAACACAUGGCCAGUCUGACUUUCCUAGAGAGCAAGUAGCCCAGAGCCUCCAUAGCCCUCCUCUAUGAAUUAUUCUACACACACACACACACACACACACACACACACACACACACACACACACACACACAGGAAGGCAGGCAGGCAGGCAUAUGCACAGAUGAUAGAUGCACUGUAGUGCAUUCAUCCACUCUGUGCCUCUUUGUGCUCUGCUCUGACUCAUAUUUAGUGACGUUCAAUAGCUGUUAGUAUGUCAGCCACACUACUUACUCACACACACGCUCUAUCUCUCUCUCACACAUGCAUACCACGAACACAUAAAGACACAAAACACAUAAACCAGUGCAUGUUUUCUAGUCAAUUCCAAACUAACACGUGUCAUGGUUGAUGAAGAAGCAACUGUCAAGAUGAAGAGUAUAAUUUUUGAUCAGUAUAUUAUCACAUUACCCAGAAUAACUUAUUUUGAAAUGCAGACAAGUCACCUCAGUCAAUUCAAUGUAGGACACACACUAUGUUUAAUGUAUCUGCCUCAUUUACAUGUUGAUGCCAAAUAUGUUCAUUCUUUAAGUCAUCUCUGCACUGGCUGCCAGGUGAAGGCUACAGAGCCAGAGUUAUCAGACUUUCCAUUCUUAAUGUGCCUCACAUAACUAUUUUUAAAAGAGCAUCUCCAGUUAGUCACUUUCUAAAAAGCAAUCCUGACAAAUAUUACUUUGGUACAAUAGUGACUAUCACAGUACUAAAAAAGGUUUAGCUUUUUCUAUUUUUCAGUUUUUGACAGUCUUGUUGUGUGGACUGUCAUAUUGCUCACUGUGAUUUGUGUUGUUACUUGAAACAUAAUGGUGAUCAAACUCUGGUACACCAAUUCCAAAUGGUCUGAAGGAGGAGUGAGUAUGAAUGUCAGUAGGCUUGACGGGUGUAUACUUUAGAUCGAGGGAUUCAUACUGCACAAUCCUUCGUUUCUUCUCAUGCAUUGCAAUGCCUCAUACCGAAAAUUAUUUAGCCAUCUAGAAUAUACUAGAGUCCAAAGGGUAUUUGUUUAGAUGUUAUGUAAGUGAACACACUCUUAACUGUAGCCUGAAAGUGUGAAUUACCAUUACUGAACAUUUGGAGAAAGUGCUCUGUAGUCAGACCAUAAGCUUCAGAGAUGACUGAAAAGCUAUGAGACUGAGUGGAUUAGUUUUGGACCAUUGACCCUUUUGACAGUUGAAUGAUUGUUAAACCAAGAAAAAUCAAAAUAUACAUUAUUUUUCUUAAACAA